UUUUUUUUUAAAGUGACUAAAUAAUUCAAUAAUCAGUGUCUCCGAAUCAAAUAAUCCCUUUAUAUGGUCAACUCUAGAUCAGUAUUAUGUUUCUUUCUAUGGUCAGUCUUUGUGUCUGUCACGUUUGCAAGUUUUUCUUAAAUAAUAAUAAUGAUAAUAGAGCUUAUUUUAAUGUUAUCUUCUUCUUGCUACUUGCUAUAUAUGUAUUUAUGUUACUCUUUCUAAUAGAUGAAAGAAAUAUAUUAAAAUGUCCCUCCUGUAGUAGUUAUCUUGCUCAUUCUAUCUUCGAUAAAUUGGUUUAAAAUAUGGACACAAAACAAUAAAAAUAAAGAAAAAUAAAGACAGGUAAACUGCAUACGCCCUUAAAGAUAUUAUCAUGUAUUUGAAAUAUAUACAUAUAUAUAUAUAUAUAUAUAUUUUUGGAAAGAUAAAGUCAUAUUCUACUUUUAAUAUAC